AUGAACUCAAAUAGCAACAACGACAAAACAUCGGCAAUUGCAUCUUUUCGUAAAGAAUACGCAGAUAAUGCAAGUGUAUUGGAAAAGAUCAAUGAAUUUGAAACCACCUAUUUAGCUGAUCAAACAUUAUUUUGGUACAUACAAGAUUCGUUUUUUUAUCGUGUUUUAAAUAAAGCCUUUCGUGCUCAAAAUAUCGAUGCACUCUACGUCAUGCACACUUUUAUUCGAGAUAUUCGCCAUCAACUUGUUGAACAACAGCGUCGUGCAUCAAGCUCGAUUACUCAAGUUUAUCGAGGACAGUUGAUAUCAAAAUUAGAACUUGAACUCUUUAAAAUCGGCGAACUCAUAUCGAUGAACUCGUUUUUUUCUACAACACUUCAACGAGUACAUGCAAUGUUCUUGUUAACAGAAGAAAAUCUCGAAGAAGAAUUAACUUCCGUACUCUUCGAAAUCAAUAUCAAUGAAUAUUCACCUUCAAUGAAACCAUUUGCUAACAUUACAGAAAAGAGUGCAUUUCCGGAUGAAUCUGAAGUCUUAUUUAUGGCUGGUAGUAUUUUUCGUAUUAUCGACAUCGACUUAAAGAUUGGUGGUAUCAAUGUGAUAAAGUUACUUCUUUGUAGUGAUGAUGAUCAUAAUCUUAAAAAAUUAUUUGAAUAUAUGAGUGAAGAUGUACCACCUGAAUGUAGUUCAUUAAUAUAUGGUAUUGUUCUUGCCAAUGCUAGUAAAGUUGAACAAGCUGAAAAAUUCUUUCAAAAUGUUCUUAAGGAACUACCUGCCAAUGGUCCAUUGAUUGCAACUUGUUUAUCAUCAAUUAGGCAAUGUACUUGA